AUGUUACGACAAGGAAUUUUAUUUUUAGUUUUUUACGCAAUUUUAUUAAUCGAGGUGUCGAAAGGACAACCGAGAAAUAAUGAUAAUUUUUGGAACAAUCAUAAAGGAAAAAAAAAUGACGAGGGUGUCAUGGCGGAGGGAUCAAUUUUAAAAAGAAUCGUGAGGGAUGCAAAUCCAAAAAUCAAUCCCUGGAACGAUCAUGAUGAUAAUAAUGAUAAUUUCGAUGCGAACGAGGAAAAAUCUUAUUUAAGACCAGUUAGAUCCAUUGAAAAAGAAACUGAAUUAUUAUUAGGUGCACCGCCGCCAUUAAAUAAUAAUAAUAAUUUAUAUAAAAAUAGUAAAGAUGUGGAAAAAUUAUUCGAUAGAUUUAUUAUACAAAAAGGAGUCGGUCAAAGUAAUUGUGAAUGUAACAGUUGGUUUUCUUACAUUUUCGGUUGCUACUGUUUUGACUUGUUUAAUAACGAAGUCGUUUAUUUCUUUUAUCAUACGACCAAAGUUUUUUGUAAAGAUGAUUUAUCCGUAUAUAAUGAAAAUGGUAAUUUUAUUAAUGAAAUAUUUUGCUUUUUCCGUAGAAUAAUCGGUAGACAAAUUACACACGAUAAUAGAGAUCAUUAUUAUUAUUUUGAUGAUAAUGAAAAAAAACAUUUUGAUAUCAUGGGCCAUAAUGGCAGUCUCGAAUUAAAAUAAUUUUCUUUACCCCCCCCCCCUUUUUUUUUUUAAAUUGAUAUCGUACCUGAAAAAAUUUUUUAAAA